AUGUAUUCCAUUAACGUUGAACCUAAUGGGUCGAACCUUUCUCUGGGUAAGAAAAAACUGAAACAGAUAUUAUGGGGACUGAUGUUAGUCCUGUCUGUUACCAUUUAUGGUUCUCAUGCGCCUCUUAUUUACCUCUGCAAAGUCAAUGGUGAGAUUCCCUUCAGUUCAUCGGCUGUUGUUCUCCUAAUUGAAUUGAGCAAGUUUGUAAUCUCCCUGGUAUUCUUCCUCAUUCAGGAUCGGAAAUCCCUGAAAGCCUCUCUCUCAUGGCGUUUAGCAGCGCCUUAUGCAGUGCCUGCUGUUCUAUAUGGAGCAAAUAACAAUUUAGUGGUUUACAUUCAGCACUUUAUGGAUCCUUCUAGCUUCCAAGUGUUGAGUAACCUGAAGAUUGUCAGUACAGCCAUGUUGUACAGUUUAUUCCUGCGCCAGAGGUUGUCCGUCCACAGAUGGUUUUCUGUCUUCUUGCUUUUGGCUGCUGGAGUAUUCUACAGCUAUGGUGGAAUCAAAGAUAUGGAAAAGGUGUCUUCAGACACAAAUCUGUAUGUCACGCUUCCAGGCUUGCUAUUAAUGCUUGCUUAUUGCCUUAUCUCUGGACUGUCUGCUGCUUACACAGAAAUGACUUUAAAGACUCAGAAGAUACCAUUGAACAUGCAGAAUCUUUAUUUAUAUUCUUUUGGCAUAAUUAUAAACUUUACAGCACACCUGACCAACAGUCAAUAUGGUGACUUUUUUGAUGGCUUUUCUGUUUGGGUUUGGGUGAUUAUCCUGAGCCAGGCGCUUAAUGGCUUGAUUAUGUCUCUUGUAAUGAAACACAGUAAUAACAUCACCAGACUUUUCAUCAUUUCUUUCUCCAUGCUGGGAAAUGGGCUUCUGUCUUUCAUUUUGUUCCAGCUGCAGCUCACAGCACUCUUUUUCUUGGCAGUUCUCCUCAUUGGCCUUGCUGUCUACAUGUAUUAUGGCAUGAAGUAACACCGGGUUAAUACAGUACACCACCUUUUGAUUCCAUUCUCUAGAAUUAUAACCAUGGGUGAUGUGUUGGACACUGUUACUGGGAAUGAAGGGCAUAAUAGACCAUUUAAAUAUAUGCCUGUCAUGUGCCCAUCCUAAGCUUGCACCAUAUUAUCACCACAUUAUUAGGUGGAACGGACAAGGUUUUAUUUAACCCAUUAAUACUUAUUCAGCUAAAUCAAUGGCUUCCUUAAAUUUAAUAGACGUAUUUAUAUUGCUGAGAAAAUAUACCCUGGACCCAAGGGACUCACAAAGAAAUGUGCAAAUAAACAGGUGCAUAGCUUCCAGUUUACAUUUGUACUUUGCUUUCCGCAUUGAAAUGCAAUCCCACACCCUUAUAUCAAGUCAAUAAGAUCUAGUUCAGCCCAACUCUUGCCCAAACUGACAUUAUGGCUGGACUUUCAGGUGUAUCCAGUAGGCAUUCUCCAAAAAUAUCCCCCCCCCAGCCCUCUGCACAUGGUUGUCUUUGGAAAAUGUUAAAAGUCAUAACUACAUGGCAGUGAACCCAAACCAAAGAACAAUUCUAUAUUUUGGGGGUGAAAUAUAUAUGAUGCAUGUUUGUUAUCGCUGAGAAAAAUGUUGGAUAUAUUCAAUGUAAGAGUGCUUUUUUUCCAUGUCCUUUAAUAUGCUUUAUUUUCUGCAUCAAUUAAACUAUUUUUAUGCAA